UUUCUUCUCCGCUUCGAUCUGAGCAAAAUCCCUGCACACCGCCGCCGUCGUCGUCUCUCCCUUUUCCGCCGGCAAAAAUGGGUCGUGUUCGUACCAAAACCGUUAAGAAAUCAUCCCGCUUAGUUAUCGAGCGCUAUUACUCCAAAAUGACACUCGAUUUCCACACCAACAAGAAGAUUCUUGAAGAAGUUGCCAUCAUUCCAUCGAAGCGCCUCCGGAACAAGAUCGCCGGAUUCUCAACUCACCUGAUGAAGCGCAUCCAGAAGGGACCAGUCAGAGGCAUUUCGCUCAAGCUACAAGAGGAAGAGAGAGAACGCCGUAUGGACUUUGUUCCCGAUGAAUCCGCCAUUAAAACCGAUCGCAUCGAGGUCGACAAGGAGACAAUUGACUUGCUUGCAUCUCUCGGCAUGAGCGAGCUUCCUGGAAUUGUGCUCAAGGAGGAUACUCCGAUGAUUUCCACUUCGAUUCCGGGGGGAUUCGGUGGUGGUCGCGGUGGAUAUGGUGGUGGAGCUGGGAGAAGGUACUGAGUUCGAAUUUCUAGGUUUAAUUUUGGGUUCUUCAUAUGAAUUACGGUUUUGUAACGGUUUUAAGGCAAAAUCUAUGCACUAUGUUUUUCUGGGAUUUCCCUUGAAUAUCAUUUCGCUUUUGGUCCAAAUUUGUCUUAAGUUUUAU